ACGCGAAUCGCGACACACGCAACACACACCCCUCACUCUCACACUCACUCUCUCUCUCCAUUUCCACAAUCACCAAUUUCAUUUUCAUUUCGCUCUCUGCAUAGCUUCUGAAACCCUUCUUCAAGAGCUAGGGUUUUUCAUUUUCGCAACGAUGGCGAGAGUAAGAAAAAAAUCUACUCCCGAAGAAGAUGAACAAGAGAAAAUCCUAAGGAAAGGGAAACGGAAAUUAGCUUCUACUGUUGACGACGAUGACGAAGAAGACAUGGAUGAGUUUGAGGUGGAUGGGUUUUUAGUUGGUAGUGAUGAAGACAAGGAAGAUAGCGGUGAAGAAGAUAAUCCUAAGCAAACACAAAAGAAGAAAAAGAGAAAGAGAUCGUCAAAAAACAUUGUUCUUGAUGACGAUGAUCUUGAAUUGAUCCGUGAGAACAAGAAAAAAAUGAAUGAUGGGAAGCUGAAGAGGCUUAAAAAGACUGGCAAAGUUACCGAGCCGAUGGAACAAUCUUCUGAUGAUGAAGGAUCUCUUAAUGAUCUUUUCGAAGAUGUGACUGAUGAUUCUGAAGAUGAUAUGUCAGAUUUUAUAGUGGACGAAGAGCCUGCUAUCUAUGGGAAGGGAGAUUCUCUCAGACCAAAAAAGUUUAAAGGCAUGAAACAUUCAUCUUCGCUUUCAAAAGAAGCCAAACAUAGAUCUGGCAAGUCAGGCAAUGAUCCUAAAAAUAUGGACGUAGCUGGAGAGGGUAACUCUGUUGCUGAUUCAGACUUACCUGAGAGGAUACAGAUGAUUGAGGACAUUGUAGGAUCUAUUCCAGUUGACAGAAUGAGUAUUGAAGAAGAAAGUUCUUGGAUACUACGCCAACUUGAAUCCAACAUAAAUCCUUUCUUCAGUGAGGCCAAAUCCUGUGGACUAGGUGAUUCAGUAAAUAGAGAGGAUAUUGUUAGGUUCUUGGAAUUGUAUCAUAUAAAGAAAUAUGAUAUUCCGUUUAUUGCCAUGUACCGUAAAGAACAAUGCCCCAGUCUUCUGAGAGAUGGUAAACAGGAUGACUCAGAAAGCACAUUAUUGAAUGAUGGUGAGGGAAAACCUAAACUGAACUGGCACAAGAUACUCUGGAUAAUCAAGGAAUUGGACAUAAAAUGGUUACAUCUUCAGAAACGAAAGAGCAUGCUCCAAAGAUACUAUAACAAACAUUUUGAGGAUGAAUGCCAAAUGUCUUUCCUUGCCGAGGAAUCCAGUUUCCACAAGCAGAUUUUUGACUCGAUCACCAAUAUGCUCGAGAAGGCUGAAACAGAGAAAGAGAUUGAUGAUGUUGAUAUGAAGUUUAAUUUGUAUUUUCCACCAGCUGAUGAGUUCUUAAGUAGUGGUUAUAAAAGGCCUCUGAUGAAGACAUACUAUUCCGAUUGCAGAAAGGCAGGAUUAUCUUCACUUGCUAGGAAAAUUGGAAAUCCUGAGAAAUUUAGUUCUCUAGUUACUCUUAACAGAGUGGGAGUUGCCAGUGAAGAAGAUCCAGAGGAAUCUCCAGAGGAGAUGGCUGCAAUAUAUACAUGUGAAACUUUUCGAACUUCCGAAGCCGUACUUAAAGGCGCCAGGCACAUGGCUUCCUUGAUGUUAAGCUGUGAGAUACCUUUCAGGAAACAUGUCCGCAGCAUAUUUAUGGAUAAGGCUUUAGUAUCAACUAGCCCUACAUUGAAAGGAAAUAUAGCAAUAGAUUCCUUUCAUGAAUUUGCUGGGUUUAAGUGGCUGAAGGACAAACCUCUCUUGAAGUUUGAGGAUUCUCAGUGGCUUCUCAUUCAGAAGGGUGAAGAAGAGGAACUUCUUAAAGUUGAAAUAAAGUUGCCUGAUGAUGCUGUAAAGGAGUUGUUGGCGAUCUUCAACGAUGCUUAUCUCAAAGACUCUGAAGGAACAUCUACUCAACUUUGGAAUGAGCAGCGUAAAUCAAUCGUGCAGGAUACUAUUUCAAGCAUUCUUUUGCCAUCUAUGGAGAAGGAAGCACGUGCGUUGUUAAAUGCUAAGGCCAAAAUCUGCUCAUUAAUGAAGUAUGGGAUGCAGUUUUGGAACAGAAUCUCUGUGGCACCGUAUCUAAACAAUGACAAUGCUGCUGCACAAGAGCGGGGAGUAGUGGCUUGUUGCUGGGGAAAUGGUAAGCCAGGUACCACAUUUGUCAUGUUGGAUUCUAAAGGCGAGUUGGUUGAUAUAAUGCAUGCCGGGUCACUGACACUGCGAUCUCAGAAUGUCAAUGAUCAGCAGCGCAGAAAAAGUGACCAGAAGUGUGUCCUCAAGUUCCUAACAAUUCAUCGACCAAAGGUUAUUGUACUAGGAGCUGCCAAUGCGACCUGUAUAAGGUUGAAGGAGGACAUCAAUGAGAUUAUUUCCAUGAUGUCUGAGGACAAUUUUCAAGACGUCAGUCAAGAGAUGAAUGGACUACCAGCAGUUGUAUUGGGGGACGAAGGCUUGCCACAUCUCUAUGAAGAGUCAGAGAUAUCAAUGAGCCAGUUCCCCAGACAAUAUGGCAUUGUAAAGAGAGCUGUGGCCCUUGGACGUUACCUUCUAAAUCCACUGGCAAUGGUUGCAACUCUCUGUGGAGUCAAUAAAGAGGUAUUGUCUUGGAAAUUAAACCCUCUGGAGAGAUUCCUAUCAAGUGAUGAGAAAAUGGAGAUGAUAGAAUGGAUCAUGAUAGAUAUUACUAACCAAGUAGGUAUAGACAUAAAUAUGGGAAUUAGACAUGACUGGCUGUUGGCACCGUUGCUGUUUGUUUCUGGUCUUGGACCCACGAAAGCUGGUGUUUUGCACCGAGAACUACUUGGAGGUACAGAUGUGAGAAAUCGGAAGGACUUGGCUAAAUUUGGACUGAACACAAAAAGGGUUUUCUGCAAUGCUGUUGGUUUUUUACAGGUUUCUGGUGAUGACCCAAAUUUUAUUGAUACUGCUGGCAAUAUCCUUGACCGUACGAGAAUUCAUCCAGAGUCAUAUAGUCUUGCUGAGGAAUUAGCUAAAGCUGUUGUUACUAUACAUUAUGCUGAUGCCAAUGAUACCCAAGUGAAUGCAAUUGAAUGUAUUCAAAAUGAACCAAAACUGCUAGAGAGUUUUGAUCUAAAUGAAUAUGCUGAUAGAAUGGAAACUGAAAAAGGUGAAUACAAAAGAGUUACUCUUUUUGACAUGAAGAUGGAACUAGUCCAUGGAUUUAAUGAUCCCAGAAGUCCUUAUCAGGAACCGACUCAAGAGGAUGAGUUCUACAUGGUAACUGGAGAAACAGGGGUUGCACUGAUUGAAGGAGAAAGAGUUCAGGCAACAGUUCGCCGUGUGCUGGCUCGUCAGGCAUUCUGUGUGCUUGAAUCUGGAAUAUCUGGAGUACUGUUUAAGGAGGACUUUUCAGAUGAUAUUGGGGAUAUACCAUUGACUGAAAAAUUGCGUGAAGGCGUUGUGCUGAAAUGCAAGAUCAAACUAAUUGAUAAGAGUAGAUGCCAGGUUAAUCUGACAUGUAAAGUGAGUGAAUUGAAGAGUGUUGGUGAUCAAAGUUUCCGCGACAUGGAUCCCUAUUAUUGUCAAGGAAACUUCGACUUGCUAAGUAAACAAGAGUCAACAGACAAAAAGGAUGUAAAUAAAAAUUUCUUGUCGAGAAAAAUUUCUCAUCCCCAUUUUCAGAAUAUAACUGCAGAUCAGGCAAAGGAGUUCCUUGCAGAGAAGAUCGUUGGGGAAUUUAUCUUCCACCCAAGUUCAAGGGGUCUAUGUUAUUUGACCCUAUCUCUUAAAUUUUUUGACGCACUUUAUGUGCACAAAGACAUUUUGGAAGGUGAGAAGAGUGAUGAUAUGAAUAGCUUGGUUGAACUUGGAAGGACAUUAAAAGUAGGAGAUGAAAUAUUUGAGAGCAUAGAUAAGGUUAUUGAACUCUAUGUCAACCCAUUGGUAGUUCAUCUGAAAGAUUUGAUUAAUUUCCGAAAAUUUAAAAAGGGCACCAAAGCGGAAGUUGACGAACUAUUGAAACACGAGAAGGAGGAAUAUCCAAACAGGAUACCAUAUGGCAUUGGCAUUUCGUUUGAGCAUCCUGGGGUUUUUAUAUUGUCUUACAUUAGAAGUACAAAUCCACAUCAUGAGUAUAUUGCUCUCCAUCCAAAAGGAUUCAAAUUCAGGAAGCAAAUAUUCAACAAUGUUGAGCAGCUGAUGGCAUAUUUCCAAAAUCAUAUCAAUGAUAAUGUUGCACGAGCAAAUGACCAAUCAAAAGAUUACAAUGACAGUGGGGGUGGCCGCGGCCGCGGUCGUGGUCGUGGCGGGGGUGGUGGUUCAUGCUACAAAUGUGGUGAGUCGGGUCACAUGGCUAGGGAGUGCACUCAGGAGGGUGGUGGAGGUGGAGGUGGAGGGAGGGGCGGUGGUGGUGGAACAUGCUACAAAUGUGGUGAGUCAGGUCACAUGGCUAGGGAAUGCACGCAAGAGGGUGGUGGAGGUGGAGGGAGGGGUGGCGGUGGAACAUGCUACAAAUGUGGUGAGUCAGGUCACAUGGCUAGGGAAUGCACUCAAGAGGGUGGCGGAGGUGGAGGAAGGGGUGGUGGUGGAACAUGCUACAAAUGUGGUGAGUCGGGUCAUAUGGCUAGGGAAUGCACUCAGGAGGGUGGCGGAGGUGGAGGGAGAGGCGGCGGUGGUGGCGGAGCAUGUUACAAAUGUGGUGAGUCAGGUCACAUGGCUAGGGAAUGCACUCAAGAGGGCGGUGGAGGUGGAGGGAGGGGAGGUGGUUCAUGCUACAAAUGUGGUGAGUCAGGUCACAUGGCUAGGGAAUGCACUCAAGAGGGUGGUGGAGGUGGAGGGUGGAGCAGCAGUGGUGGGCGAAGAGGUGGAAGAGGCCGUGGCCGUGGACGUGGUUCUAGCUAUAGCUCUUUCUCUCAUGAUGAUAGCGUUGAUGUCAACGAUGGUGGUGGGUUUGGUACUUCAAAUGGUGGGAGUGGAUGGGGAGGAACUGGUGGUGGGAGUGGAUGGGGAGGGAGUGGUGGUAAAAGUUGGGGUGGAAAUAGUACUAAUGAAGAAAGCAAUCCCGAAAAAGGUGGUUGGGGGGUCACAGCUGCCGAUAAUGGUGGAUCUGGAAAUGAUAAUUCUGGAUGGAGUUCCGCUCAUGGGAAGAAUGCAACCUCUUCUGGUGGUGAGAGUGGAUGGGGAGCAACUGGUGGUAAAAGUUGGGGUGGAAAUAGUUCUAACAAAGAAAGCAAUACAACAGAAGGUGGUUGGGGAGUCACAACUGGAUCGGGAAAUGAAACAGGUGGUACAAGUUGGGGUGGAAAUAGUACUAACAAAGAGAGCAAUGCAACAAAAGGUGGUUGGGGAGUCACAACUGGAUCUGGAAAUGAAAUUGGUGGUAAAAGUUGGGGUGGAAAUAGUACUAACAAAGAGAGCAAUACAGCAGUAGGUAGUUGGGGAGUCAUGGCUGGAUCUGGAAAUGAAACUGGGGGUAAAAGUUGGGGUGGUAAUAGUACUAACAAUGAAAGCAAUACAACAGGAGGUGGUUGGGGAGUCACGGCUGGAUCUGGAAAUGAAACUGGUGGUAAAAGUUGGGGUGGAAAUAGUACUAACAAAGAAAGCAAUACAACAGAAGGUGGUUGGGGAGUCACAACUGGAUCUGGAAAUGAAACAGGUGGUAAAAGUUGGGGAGAAAAUAGUACUAACAAAGAGAGCAAUGCAGCAGUAGGUGGUUGGGGAGUCACGGCUGGAUCUGGAAAUGAAACUGGUGGUAAAAGUUGGGGUGGUAAUAGUACUAACAAUGAAAGCAAUACAACAGGAGGUGGUUGGGGAGUCAUGGCUGGAUCUGGAAAUGAAACUGGUGGUAAAAGUUGGGGUGGUACUAGUACUAACAAUGAAAGCAAUACAACAGGAGGUGGUUGGGGAGUCACGGCUGCAUCUGGAAAUGAAACUGGUGGUAAAAGUUGGGGUGGAAAUAGUACUAACAAAGAAAGCAAUACAACAGAAGGUGGUUGGGGAGUCACAACUGGAUCUGGAAAUGAAACUGGUGGUAAAAGUUGGGGUGGAAAUAGUACUAACAAAGAAAGCAAUACAACAGGUGGUUGGGGAGUCACAACUGGAUCUGGAAAUCAAGAUUCUGGAUGGAGUUCUGGUCAUUGGAAGAAUGCAGCUCCUUCUGGUGGUGAGAGUGGAUGGGGAGGGACUAAUGGGGGAAGUGGAUGGGGAGGUACUGGAGGGAGUGGGGGUAAAAGUUGGGGUGGAAGUAGUACAUAUGAAGAAAAUAAUACAGCAGAAGGCGGAGGCAGUGGCUAUGGAGGCGGUGGUGGACGAGGAAGUGGACGAGGUGGUGGGGCGUGUUUCAAGUGUGGUGAAUCGGGUCACAUGGCUAGGGACUGCACCCAAGAGGGAGGUGGAGGGAGGGGUGGUGGUGGACGGGGAGGUGGUAGAGGUGGUGGGGCGUGCUUCAAAUGUGGUGAAUCAGGUCACAUGGCUAGGGACUGCACCCAAGAGGGUGGUGGAGGUGGACGAGGAGGCGGAAGAGGUGGUGGGGCGUGCUUCAAGUGUGGUGAGUCGGGUCACAUGUCUAGGGAAUGCACCCAGAAUGGUGGUGGAGGUGGAGGAGGAUGGGGAGGCGGUGGACGAGGAGGCGGAAGAGGUGGUGGCGUGUGCUUCAAGUGUGGUGAGUCAGGGCACAUGGCUAGGGAAUGCACCCAGGAGGGUGGAGGAGGUGGAGGGAGGGGUAGUGGCGGUGGUGGAGCAUGCUUCAAAUGUGGCGAGUCUGGUCACAUGGCUAGGGAAUGCACCCAAGAGGGUGGCAGUGGCGGAGGUGGUGGAGGGAGGUAUGGGGGCGGCGGCGGUGGAAACUGUUUCAAAUGUGGGGAGUCUGGGCAUUUUGCGAGAGAAUGCCCAUCCAGCACUAGUUGAAGUUCAAUGCCUACUGUUUAUAUGAUGGUUAAUCUUUUACAGGUUGGGUGUUAUUUUGUUUUUAUGCUUUAUGACAUGGUUGCAUUUUGUGAAAACCUAUUAUGGUUCCUCUCCUGUAACAAAAUCUUCUCCGCCAUCUUCUCUCAUUUAAAAAGAAAUAUAAAAGAAGGAAGUUUGUGGCUCACUUGCUAGUAAUGGUGGCUGUAUCUUGAAAUCAUUAUUCUGAAUGAAGUGGUUCGUUCUCAUGCUAAGAAUGCAGUUACCUCUUGUGGUGAUAGUAGUUGUGAAGAGAGACUAUUGGUAAAAUUUGGUAACAAUUUCCUUGAUGCUAAUGAGACUCCUACCGGGUGGUAAUUUCCUCUCUAGAAGUUUGCUGGUAUUAUUUGCAGUCUAGUUUAUUAUUCCUCAGUCAUAUGCAUCUUGAGGGAACUUUUUCAUAUUACUCUUUACAUAAACUACUUCCUCCCUUUCUUGUCCACCCAAUUGAUAAGAUGUUCAAUGGUUUUCUCUGUUUGGAAUUAUCUUUCACUUGAAUGUAUGUUACAUGCGUUUGUUUGGUCA